AUGUCCGAGGACACGUUUUUUCGCCGUGCUGCCAAUUGGAUGUACGGUGACUCUUCGUACCUACAGAGGACGCCGCCACCGGAGCUUGGUGAUAGGCACAUCAACGAACUCUUGAGUCGCCAUCCUUUUCACCCGUUUGACCCGGAGAUGAGCUCCGAGCACCCUUGUAGCGAAAAUAACUCGUUAUUCUACUCGUGUAUGACAAGUGACGAGGUCGAGGGCUACGAACUGCACAUGAAGCACGUCACCUGCUAUUUUCCGUAUAAAGUAAAUCUGAUGAAAUGCCUCUCGAGAGAGCGCCGCCUGGCACGCGCGGGGGCGUCUUCGGAUAUAGACAAACAGAAAUGA